ACGUGGAUAGAGGCGAGCGCUUGGACCUGGGGAGGAGCAGAGAAGCCCGUCACUGCAGCAAUCAGCAGGGAGCGCUCAGCCGAUUCCAUUUAAGUAGCUGCUGCUGGUCGGAGCUGAGUGUGUGAGUAAGGCCGGCAGCUAUGGAGUGUGCUCUCUGCGGAACAGACUGAAGCAGGGUUGGGCUGAGAGAAGGCCUGCUCUAAUUGCUGCAGAAGGAGCCGGUGGCGGUAGCAGCAGCCGGGCCCAUGGAGAGGUUCCUGAGCGAGGGGAAAGGACGGGGGCUGCAGGCUCGCAAAGAGUUCGCGAUCGGAGAGCUGGUCUUCACAUGCCCAGCCUAUACCCAUGUCCUGACUGUCAACGAACGGGGGAAUCACUGCGAACUCUGCUUCGCUCGAAAAGAGGGUUUGGCAAAGUGUGGUCGUUGUAAACUGGCAUUCUACUGCAAUGUAACCUGUCAGAAAGCUGAUUGGCCAAUGCACAAACUGGAAUGUUCUUCCAUGAGCAAAUUUGGGCAGAACUGGAACCCCUCUGAGACGGUCAGGCUGCUGGCAAGAAUCCUGGUCAAACAGAAAAUGCACCCAGAAAAAACUCCUUCAGAGGAAUUACUAGCUGUUAGUGAAUUUGAAUCACACCUUGAUAAAUUGGAUAAUGAGAAAAGAGAGCUGAUUGAGAGUGACAUUGCUGCCCUUCAUCAUUUCUACAGCAAGCACCUUGACUUCCCUGACCAGGCAGCCUUGAUUGAACUCUUUGCUAAGGUCAACUGUAAUGGUUUCACAAUUGAGGAUGAAGAGCUUUCUCACUUAGGUUCUGCUAUCUUUCCAAGCGUUGCCUUGAUGAAUCAUAGCUGCUGCCCAAAUGUGAUUGUAACCUACAAGGGUACAACAGCAGAAGUCCGGGCUGUGAAGGAGAUCCAUGCUGGGGAAGAGAUUUUCACUAGUUAUAUCGAUCUUCUGUAUCCAACUGAGGAUCGACAGGAUCGACUGAGGGAUUCCUAUUUCUUCACUUGUGACUGCAGAGAAUGUGCAACAAAAGCAAAGGAUAAAGAAAAGUUGGAGCUUACAAAAUAUGGUGAACCACCAAAGCCAGAGGUCAUCAAGGACAUGAUCAAAUAUGCUCGGAAUAUAAUUGAGGAAUUCAGAAGAGCAAAGCAUUACAAAACCCCUAGUGAGCUGCUGGAGAUCUGCGAGUUAAGUCUGGAUAAGAUGGGCUCCACUUUUGAGGACAACAAUGUCUAUAUGCUGCAUAUGAUGUACCAGGCCAUGGGAGUCUGCCUUUAUAUGCAAGACUGGGAUGGAGCCUUGCGCUAUGGUCAAAAAAUAAUCAAACCUUACAGCAGCAAACACUAUCCAGCAUAUUCUCUGAAUGUUGCUUCAAUGUGGCUGAAACUAGGACGGUUAUAUAUGGGCCUGGAACAUCAUUCAGCUGGAGCGAAGGCACUAAGGAAGGCAUUGACCAUUAUGGAAGUGGCGCAUGGCAAGGAUCAUCCAUAUGUUCUUGAAAUUCAGAAAGAGCUGGAGGGAAAAUGAAUGGUUUCCUUUGAUACUUCAAUUCCUUGCAAUCACUGUAUGAGACUCUGACAGAUACCAGCAUACACACAAACUGAUCAGUUGGUGUGGAUAUGAACAAUUCUGAAAAUAAUAGCAUGAAGAUCACAGGAAUGCUAUUUUUAUUUUUGUUUUUAAAUAUUUAAAUGCACAUUACAAUAAAUGUUGUAAAAGCUUUG